ACCUCUAGUUACAUUAUGUCUUAAAGUAGCACUUUAUCCACAAGAAGAUCCUUUCUUGUUCGUAAACAAAGACCUUCAAAUUAAGGCCGCCGGCGCCGACCACCUCCCGGCGUCGUCUCUCUUAGAAUCCAAUUAAUGAAAUCUCCGACGAUGGUCGCCGGAGCAGUACCAACCCUCGUCGACGUCGCCACUUCCAUCACUCUCUUCUACUACCUAAUCCCUCACCCCUCCUUCUACCACUCCCUCUUCCUCUCCCUCUCCUCCGACAACCAAUCCCACGUCUCCCACCAUCUCCACAUCCUAACGCGCCGCCCUCACCCCGCCGGCUCCGCCGCCAACGCCGCCGCCGCCGCCUACGUUCUAUCCAGCCUCACUUCCUACAACAUCCCAUCUCACAUCAAACACUAUUUCGCCGCCUUGACUUACCCAAUUUCCCGCUCCUUGCUGCUCACCCGCCCGCCGCCGCAACCGCCGCUGGAGUUCCCUCUCCGGCAGGAGAUUUACCCCGGCGACCCCUACGCCGACGUCGCCGAUCAAGUCGAACCCACCUUCCACGCCUACGCCAAGUCCGGCACCGCCGCCGGCGCCGUCGUGUACGCCAAUUACGGGAGAAUAGAGGACUACGAGAAACUGAAACUAAUGGGUGCCGACGCGUCGGGAAAUAUAGUCCUCGCCAGGUACGGGAAGAUCUUCCGAGGAGACAUAGUGAGGAACGCUUACGCCGCCGGCGCAAUUGGGGUUUUGAUCUUCACCGACAGAAAGGACUACGGCGGCGGUGGAGGGGCGGCGAGAUGGUUUCCCGACGACAAAUGGAUGCCUCCCUCCGGCGUACAAGUCGGCACCCUUUACGACGGCGAGGGAGACCCUACAACGCCGGGGUGGCCCAGCACAGAGGGCUGCGAGAGAAUUUCCGAUGUCGAGGUCGAGAAUUCCGGCAACGUUCCGGUGAUUCCGUCGCUGCCGAUUUCGUGGGCCGACGGCGAUGCCAUCAUCAGGUCGAUUGAUGGACAGGUGGCGCCCGAUGAUUGGCAGGGAGGUGAGGGCGCGCCGGUCUACAGAACCGGACCCGGUCCGGGGAUUGUGAAUUUGACUUAUGAGGGGAAACAAGUGAUAAGUAAGAUUGAGAAUGUGAUUGGGAUCAUCGAAGGAUCAGAAGAACCUGACAGGUUUGUUAUCCUGGGAAAUCAUCGCGACGCCUGGACUUUCGGAGCUGCCGAUCCCAACAGCGGCACAGCAUGCCUGCUAGAGGUAGCAGAAAGACUUUGGAAGCUUCAGAAAAAGGGGUGGAAGCCAAGAAGAACUAUAGUAUUGUGUAAUUGGGACGCCGAGGAGUACGGCCUGAUAGGGUCUACGGAAUGGGUUGAAGAGAACAGGCAAAUGUUGGCAGCAAAGGCUGUCGCUUACUUGAAUGUCGAUGUUGCGGUUGCAGGAGCUGGAUUCAAAGCUGCGGCAACUCCGCAGCUUGAUGAAUUGAUCGUACAGGCGACGAAGCAGGUUUUGGAUCCGGACAAUUCGUCGCAAACUAUCUAUGAUUCCUGGAUUAGCUCAGAAAGAAAUCCGGUGAUUGAUCGACUAGGAGACGGUGGUUCAGACUAUGGAGCUUUUGUGCAUCACAUUGGUAUUCCAGCUGCGGAUGUAUCUUUUGGAGGAGGUUACCCUGUUUACCACUCGAUGUACGAUGAUUUUGUCUGGAUGAGCAAAUUUGGCGAUCCGAUGUUCCGAAGACAUGCUGCAGUUGCAAGUGUUUGGGGUUUAGUCGCGCUAAAGCUAGCCGAUGAUGAGAUUUUACCAUUCGACUAUUACUCAUAUGUUCUCGAGCUUAAGAAAAGUGCUGAAGGCUUGAAAAUUGAAGUAUCUAGUCGACACAUUACCCUCGACCCUCUGCUAGAGUCAAUUAACGAACUCGAGAGGGCAGCAAUGAAGAUAAACGACGAGAGGAAGGAACUCCAACGAACAAAGCUAUGGAUUCGAAGCCGGGGUAAUGUCCAGAAAGUAAGAGAGGUAAACGACAGGUUGAUGAUGGCGGAGCGCGCAUUCACUGAUGCAGACGGGCUUCCGGGAAGAUCGUUGUUCAAACAUUUGAUCUAUGCGCCGUCAAAGCAUAACAAUUACGGGUCGAAAGAUCUACCUGCAGUAUACGAUGCGCUUGAAGAGGCGAAGCGCCGGAACACUUCCGAGUCGUGGCGCUCUGUACAGCAUGAAAUCUGGAGAGUGUCCAGAGUUGUGAUGCAAGCUUCUCUGUGCCUCAAUGGUGAACUAACAUGAAAAUGAAUGAUUAGUAAUGUAAAAUGGUAAAAGACAAUUCAAAUCCCGAAUUUACAUACACUGUUGUUACUUCA